CUUUCGGAUUCUCUUACAAGACAAAACUCCAGCUCUUUUCAACUAUAAACUAAACUCCUCUCCGUUAGUUUUGAGUUCAUUAGUUCAACUUCAACUACAACUACAACGUCAGCCCACCUCAAAAGAAGCUAAAACUUUUCUCUCUCUUUCUUUUCUGGGGUUUUGGGUUUCCUCUAGAUUUCCUUUACGAGGUUUUAAACAAAUUUAUAUGUUUCGAGUUGUUUCUGUAUUCUAAACUACUAUUAUUAUUUGUUGCAAAAGAAGAAGAAAGAAGAUUUAAUAGAAAUGGCUUUGAUUCUUCUUCUUUUUCUUCUCUUCACAGUCUCCGCCGUCUCCGCCGAUGAAGAUGCCUUCAUUGGUGUGAACAUUGGUACAGACCUCUCGGACAUGCCAAGCCCAACUCAGGUGGUGGCCCUUCUCAAGGCUCAGAAUAUUAGACAUGUCAGGCUCUAUGAUGCUGACCGAGCCAUGCUUCUUGCCCUCGCCAAUACUGGAAUCCAAGUGACUGUUUCUGUUCCCAAUGAACAGCUCCUUGGCAUUGGUCAGUCCAAUGCCACAGCGGCCAACUGGGUUGCUCGCAAUAUCAUAGCUCAUGUCCCUGCCACCAACAUCACUGCCAUUUCUGUUGGAUCCGAAGUCCUUACUGUGCUCCCAAAUGCCGGUCCAGUCUUAGUCUCUGCCCUGAAGUAUAUCCAUUCCGCCCUAGUUGCCUCUAAUCUUGAUGGCCAAAUUAAAGUCUCUACCCCACAUUCUUCCUCUAUCAUACUUGACUCCUUUCCUCCAUCCCAAGCUUUCUUUAAUCGUUCCUGGGAUCCAGUCAUGGUUCCUCUGCUAAAAUUUUUGCAGUCCACCGGUUCUUCCCUUAUGCUCAAUGUGUAUCCAUAUUAUGAUUACAUGCAAUCUAAUGGUGUAAUUCCAUUGGACUAUGCACUUUUCCGCCCCCUUCCUCCUAAUAAGGAAGCAGUGGACGCUAACACUCUUCUACAUUAUACUAAUGUCUUUGAUGCUAUUGUUGAUGCUGCAUAUUUUGCAAUGUCUGAUCUAAACUUUACCAAUAUCCCAAUUGUUGUGCUGGAGUCUGGCUGGCCCUCGAAGGGUGACUCAUCUGAACCAGACGCAACAGUUGAUAAUGCUAACACUUACAACAGUAACUUGAUCAGGCAUGUGCUUAACAACACAGGAACCCCUAAACACCCUGGGAUUGCCGUCAGCACUUAUAUUUAUGAGCUUUACAAUGAGGAUACGAGACCUGGGUCAAUCUCUGAGAAGAACUGGGGGCUUUUUGAUGCCGAUGGAGUACCAGUAUAUGUCUUACACUUGACAGGUGCUGGGACUGUUUUGGCUAAUGACACUACGAACCAAACCUUUUGUGUUGCAAAGGAUGGUGCUGACCGGAAGAUGCUACAGGCCGCACUUGAUUGGGCUUGUGGUCCUGGAAAAGUUGAUUGCUCAGUGUUAUUGCAGGGUCAGCCAUGUUAUGAGCCAGAUAAUGUGAUUUCACAUUCAACAUAUGCUUUCAAUGCCUAUUUUCAACAGAUGGGUAAAUCGCCUGGGACCUGUGAUUUUAAAGGGGUAGCUGCCAUAACUACCACAGAUCCUAGUCAUGGUUCUUGUAUAUUUCCUGGAAGUAAGGGAAGAAAUGGCACUAUAUCAGGAAAUGGAACAUCACUGGCUCCUUCAUCAAAUUCGACAACUUCCGGAUGCCCUUCACAGUACUUGUACAGUGGUAAUUUUGUCACAAACUCAGUGAUAAUAGCAGUACUACUUGUGAGUGCAGUUUUCUUGUAAAAGUUCACACAUUGCAUUUCGCGCAACUCUUUGCCUGGCAAUGGGAUCUUUCAGAACAUUCAAUCUCGUUUCUGUUGGAAACUUGCAGUACACCCAAUUUUGUUCCUCCCAAUGAGGAGAUGCCGGGUGGCAAAGUCGAUUGAAAAUACAGCGGCUAGUAGUUCUCCAAUGAGUUAAUUAGAUUUUGUACAAAACAGACCAAAAGAUUUGUUCAGGAUUAUUGUUGUAACUAUCUUUUUAGGCUUAAUUUGGUUGUAUUCUUUGAACUGGGUUCCUGAGGUGUGCAUUUUAACCCGUAGCAUGAUGUUCAUUUGGUCACACAGUCAC